UAAUUUUGGCUUUUGGUUUAGAACUUAGAAGAGGGUAGAAGGAAGGAGAAAUGGAGUCGACGGAAUCUUCUUACGUGUCAUCACCGGAGGCGGCGAGAAAUAGAUCUCUACCGCAACCUAAAUCGCCGACUUAUGGAAAUGAGGAGAAGCCUGCAUACAUAAGGUUUCUUGCCUCCAAUGCUGCAGCUGGCUCUGUAAUUGGAAAGGGUGGUUCGACAAUUACUGAAUUUCAGUCAAAAUCAGGAGCUCGAAUUCAGUUGUCACGCAAUCAUGAAACUUUCCCUGGAACAUCAGACAGGAUUAUUAUGGUCUCUGGAACAGUUGACGGGGUCCUCAAAGCUAUGGAGCUUAUCCUUGCAAAAUUAUUGAAUGAGCUUAAUAUUGAAGAUAAUGGUGAUGUUGCACCAAGAACAAAAGUCAGGUUAAUUGUUCCCAGUAGCUCUUGUGGCAGCAUAAUUGGGAAGGGAGGGGCUACCAUAAAGUCAUUUAUUGAAGAUUCCCAAGCUGGCAUUAAAAUAUCUCCACUGGAUAGUAAUUUUUAUGGCUUGAAUGAUAGGUUAAUCACACUUACUGGCACACUAGAUGAGCAGAUGCAAGCUAUUGAAUUGAUGCUUUCCAAGCUUUGUGAAGACCCUCAUUACUCACAAGCUAUGCAUGCUCCAUUUUCAUAUGCAGUGACAUUCUAUUCGAUGAACUAUGCACCAAAUGGGACCGGCGGGAAGUUUCCAAAUCACAAGGAGGAUCAUAGCAACUCCGUCACAAUUGGUGUUUCGGACGAGCACAUUGGGUUGGUUCUUGGUCGUGGUGGACGUAAUAUAAUGGAAAUUGGUCAGGUAAGUGGGGCCAGAAUAAAAAUAUCGGAUCGAGGCGAUUUCAUGUCUGGAACAACAGAUAGGAAAGUCACUAUCACGGGAUCACAGCGAGCAAUCCAUCAAGCCGAGUCUAUGAUAAUGCAGAAGGUAGCAAAUGCCGCUGAGAGGGCGAUGGAUUAGUUUUCCAGCUAUCAAAACCAACCAUUCUUGUUAAGUCUUGUGAUGGAAUACUUACGACCGCAACAUAUCAGCAUUCAUUGACACACGAGUCGACAAAGCCGAGAUUAUGAUCCUGGAAGAAGGGGAAAUUUGUGAUCAAACAGCGAUGGUGGUAUUGUUGGUAGCCUACAUAUAGACUAAAGGACAAAUAUGAUGAAUAUAGGGUUUAUAUCAAUGCUUGACUGAGAAAUGGAAUUAGCAUAUCAUUUUGUAAUUGUUGGCUGUUGUUUACUUCGGCU